AUAUAAAUACUCUUCCCUCUCUCACUCAAUUGUAUUCUAUUGGUCAAUUAAAACAAAAAUAUUGAAACUAUUGAACGCAGUUUAAAAACGAUUACUCAUUCACUCUGAUCAAAACAAAACAUACUUCUCUUUCUAUCUCAAAAAGAUAAACAACAAGAAAUGGUCACUUCUAAUGACAACACACAAAAUCAUCAGGUACAAAAUGAUUAUUUGAACAAAAUUCAUUCUCAUCGUGAUGCAAAAGAAUUAGAAUUAUUAGAACGUAAAUUUAUUUUAGAUUGUAUUGCUGUCCGACAAAUUUGUGAUGAUUAUUCUAAAGCUAAUCCAAAACAUGGUUCAGUGAUUCCAGUUUAUAAUGGACAGCUAGAUAAAUAUGCUAAAUCAUAUUUUGAAUCAUUAAAUAUUCAAAAAUUAUUACAUAAAACUGGUCAGGCACCUCCGGGGACAUCAAUUGAAGGUGAAGUGGCUGAUAGAUUUGUUGUACACAGUGGACCGACAGAUUAUCUUCAACGACGUAAUAAAAAUGGUUGUGGACAUUCACGUGAAUCAUGGGGUGGACAUUAAAUGAGGGGAGAAAAUGGAAGCAUCACUUCAUUCAAUGUUGAAGAAAUUAUUUAUUAUUACUAUUAUUAUUAUCUCUAUCAUUAAUUUUUUUGUUUAUACUUUCUAAUAAGA